AUGCCGUUCUUGUCCCCGUCUACAGGCUCCAGCGAUGGUCUCGUGGAGAGCUUCCUGCACGAUAUGGAUGCUCUUGACCAUAACGCACUGAAGCCAAACACUAGCAAAGUCACACCAUUGCCCAAGAAGCGCAAACAAGCGACCCAUCCGAGUCAGAACAACCCUGAGACCAAAAAAAAGAAGCAGCCGUCGUGGCUCAAGCGCAAACAAGAGCUCGAGCUGCUACGUCAACAAACACAAGCCAUGGAAACCCGUGUGGUCUAUCUGCAAAUGAAGAAAACGUCUCCUAGCGAUAAUUCCCACUUUUUUAAUCUUCAGAAAGAGAAAACCUCAGCGUUAGUAGAGAAGCAACGGUGCAUCCUGGCUCAGAACGAGAACAUGCAGCUUCGAUCUAAGUUUAUGCGACAAUACGAGGCCCUCCAACUGGCCAUGGCGACUGGAGAAUAUCAGCUAAAGGAGCUUCAAAGGGUCUUGUCGGGAACUCUAAGAGUCGAGUUGGGGACGCUGCGAGCUUGCAGGACCCACGUGUUCGACAUGAUGGAGAGGAGAUUAGACGCCAGAUUCCAUAAACUGGAUCCUGUGUCAGGAAGGUGGCACCAUGUAACCAGAGAAGGAGGCUGCUGUGUCAUGAGGAAGUACUCUGUUGAUGGUGGCACGACGUCGGGUAUCUGUCAGGCGAGAUCGCAGUUGUGUCUGUAUCCAGAUGGAGAUCAUGAGACGUCGCAGACAAAGUCGAACUCGGUCAGGGACGUGGUGAUUUCGUCCUACUCUCAGCUCGUCAAGUCGCGCCACCAGUUUGUGCAGAAUGCCUUGUUCGACACCAUUCGCUCGUGA